AUGCACACUUCCUUGCUGACAUUAGCCCUGGCCGUCAGUGCUGGCGCAUUCAUUGCGCCGCGACGCUCCAUCAUCCAAACGCGACGACGCGCUGCAACCAACGCGAACGCGGACGAGCUCCUGCGACAACGCGCCGACCCGACGCUGGCCAAGGACGAGCGCCGAACCAUCGAUGCGCUGCUCGUCGACCACGCGUGGGACAGGGCCGUGAACUCCUCGAGCCCGAGCGCUGCCGCGACGCUCUUCGACCGCCGCGACGCGUUAGACGCGGCGAAACCGCCGCGGCGCCUGGCGGCCGCCGCGGCCGUCGCGAGCGCGCGGCUCGGCGACGUCGACGCCUGCGGCGCCUACCUGCGACGCGCCCUCGCCAACAAGCCGGCCCAGAGCCUCGGGACGAAGGCCCGCUCGUCUUUGGUCCAGGCGCUGUGCACGACGCCGUGCCGCGCGCCAAAAGCUCUUGAGAUUGCGCUGUCCCUGCUGGACGAGGGCUCGGCGAACGGCUGGUUGAGCGCUGGCGCGCGGCGCGCUCUCGGGCUCCAGCUCGUUCAUGCCGCGCGCCGGUUCCAGGCGAACGCCGCGGCCGGCGACGACGAGGCGUGCCUGCUGGGGCGGGCGGUCGCGGCGCCGCUCGCGCCGACCGGGAGCGACGAAGGCUGCGACCUCCUCGCGCGGGACCUGCACGGCGACGUCGUGACGCCCGCGACCGCGUUGGCCUGGGCCGAGCUCGUCGCGGACGGCGCGCCCCGAGGCCGGUCGACGCGCGACGCGCUGUGCGCCGUCGCGGCCAUCGCCUACCACGUCGAACGAGACGAGCGCCGCGCCCUGGACGCCGUCCGGGGCGCGCUGCGGCGCGGCGCCGGCAGCCGCGGCUCGUCCGUCGAGGAAUCGGCGCCGGCCGUCCUGCGGGGCGUCCUGCGCGAAGCGCUGGGCCGGGGCGACAGCGACGCCGCCGAGAAGAUCAUCGGCGAGCUCGAGCGCCGGGGCGAGGCGGGCGGCCAGGCGGCGGCCCUGGACGUGCUGCUCGACGCCUGCGCCGAGGCCGGCGACGUAAAUGGCGCCUUGGACGCGCUGCGGAAGCGGGACGCCGUCGCGCCGGCCGACGCAUUCGGCCGGCAGAAGGCCGGCGCCUCAGCCUUAAAGGCGGCGACGCGCGCGCUCGCGGCGCGCGGUCCGAGAGUCAUGAACGCGGCCCUCGAAGUGCGCGAGACGGCCGAGGGGUCGCAUCCAAGCUUAGACGCUGCUCGCGCAGCGAGUGAUCUUGUCCUGACGCUGAUCCACACGUCCGAUGGAAAGCAGGCCGCGGACGUGGCGCUGCGGGCCGCCUCGUCGUACACGGAGGAGGUCGCGCACGACGCCUUCCUCACGACGUGCCUCGAGGCCUGCGAGGCCGUGGCCGCGGCCGCGACGGCGCGGCUCGGCGACGAGGGCGCCUUCGUGGCGAACAACCCCGACGUGGCGCUGCGGCAGGCGGCCGUGGACUGCGUCGUGGCGAUCGCGGCCGCGGCGCCCGCGCGCCCGGCGCCGACCGACGCCGCUCUGUAUGCACUAGCCUCGGCGCGAGGAUGGCGCGAGGCCUCGCACGUCGCGCAGCGCCUCGGCGACGACGAGCACGCGUCCUACGGCGCGCUGCGCGCCGCGGCGCUGAGCGCCCGGCCCGACGCGGCCUGCGAGAUCCUUAAUUUGGCCGAGGCGCGCGGCGCGGUGGCGCCCCGCUCGUUGCUUGCGGUGGCUGUGUCGUUUGCCGAGGCGGGCGAGAUCUCGAGCGCCCUCGGCGCGUGGGAGGAAAUCGCCGGCGACGUCGACGCGACGGCACGGGCGGCGCUCUGCUCGGCGCUCGUGAACGGCGGCGAGACCGGCGUGCGGGCGGCGGCCAAGGUAUUGCAAGGCAGUGCGGGGUCGUGGAAGCGGACCGAGGCCGAUCGCGACGCCGCCCACGAAGCCACGAGGGUCCGGGCGGCGCUGUCGGCGCGCGUCGGCACCGCGCGGAACUGGGCCGAGGGCGCGACGGACCAGGACGCGUCCACGAAGCUCGCCGCCGGGGGCGCGCGCGUCGUCGUGUCCGAGACGACCUACGCGCGCCUGACCGCGGCCCUCCUGCGGCGGCGCGUGGCCGUCGACGCGCGGGCCGCUAUUGUCACUCUUACGCGCCACGGCAUCCUGCCGUCUUCCGACGUCCGCGACUACUUCGACGGCUCCGACCGCACGUCCAAGCUCUACAGAACGCUUUUUGCCGAGGACGCGCCGGAAGAGGUCGAGGAGUGGUACGACAACCUGCCGAACCGGCGCGCGGCGCAGCUGGAUCCCCAGCGCGAGCGCCUCGUGGCGCGGCGGCUCGUGGCGACGACACGCCUGGCGGGCGAGAAGCCGCACAGCUAG